AUCAUCUUAACAAGAAUAAAGAAACGCCCAGAAGAAAAACACUCUCCCUAUUCAGUGAAUCCCCUUGUCUCUCUCACUCUCUCUAACCACAAUCAAGAGUAGAAAUUGACAAUCAGUUAAUUAGUAACAUAAAGUGUGUCAUUAAUUAUGAGGAUCAAAUAGUUUUCCUGGUUAACCACAACACCACCAACAACAACGUUAACAAAUCUUAUUGACUCUUGGAUGUUUGAUGCUGUUUGAUUGUUCACAAUUUAAGUGUUUCUGGAUUAAGUGAUUUAAUUAGUACAAAGAAAACCAUGGAAUCAACCGCGUGGACUUAUACCGAUGAUCUGGGCAAAGGAUUCAGAGAAUUGUUGACUCAGAGUUUCGGUGAUUUUGAUCUCUUCUCUUCUUUGAAAACAACCUUUUUCUAUGUUCUUCUGAGUAUCUCUGCCAUGCAAACCUUUUAUCCUUUUCUCAUGAUAAUCGCCAUGGUUGUCCGGCAAUUGUCCAUUCUAACUCAUUAUUUCCACAAGGUUGAUGAAGAAUCUAAAAAACAUGGUGGACAGUUAAUAGCAUCUGUUUUCCAAACUCAUGGAGUGGAACAGGUAUUCACCCUUUCAGGAGGUCAUAUAUCUCCCAUUUUAACUGGUUGUCAGGAACAUGAUAUCCGUGUUAUUGAUGUGAGACAUGAAGCAUCCGCUGUUUUUGCUGCUGAUGCUGCAGCCAGAGUUUCGGGUAUACCGGGUGUUGCUAUUGUCACUGCUGGACCAGGACUGACUAAUGCUGUUACACCAACUCAAAAUGCUUUCAUGGCCGAAUCACCUGUGGUCAUUAUUGCUGGUAGUUCGGCUACUCUUUUAAAAGGUCGAGGUGCUUUACAAGAUAUCGAUCAAAUGUCACUCAUGAAACCAAUCACCAAAUGGCAAGCAAGUGUUACCAAAGUUCGUGACCUGAUUCCAACCAUUCGUGAGGCCUUUCGACAAGCUCAGUCAAAUACACCAGGACCUGUUUUCGUUGAGUGUCCUUUGGAUGUUCUCUAUCCAUACAAAGUUGUUCGUCGAGAGGUGAUGGGUAAAGCUCGUACCAAUACAUUUUCACAGAAAGUGGUCACUUGGUAUCUUGAUCAAUAUACCAAGAAUCUAUUUGCGGGCGCUUUUGAUAUGGAACAAGAAACCCGUCCUUGGCCAGUUGAACUUCCAUUCCCAAAAUCAGUAGACCUUCACAAGGCUGUUGAAAUUGUGUCAAAGGCCAAGAAACCUUUAAUUGUAUUAGGAAGCCAAUCCGUUUUACCCCCUGUUGGCGGUGAAAGGUUAGCCGAACUACUUAAUACCCUUGGAAUUCCGUGUUUCCUUGGGGGAAUGUCAAGAGGGUUAUUGGGCCGAUCAAGUCCAAUUCAUAUGCGUCACUGUCGACGGGAAGCAUUGCGUGAAGCCGAUGUAGUUAUUCUUGCUGGAAGUGUCGCUGAUUUCCGUCUAGAUUAUGGACGUGUACUGUCACCUAAAAGUAAAGUGAUCGCCGUAAAUCGUAAUAAAAGUCAACUUAAGAAAAACCAUAAAUUCCUUUGGAACGCUGAGCUUUUAAUUCAAGCCGAUGUUGGAAAAUUUUUCCUUGGACUAAAAGAUAAACUUGGACCAUUUAAAGUAGACUCUGAUUGGCUCAAUACUCUUCGUGAACGGGACUCUAAACGUGACACCGAGAUUCUGUCCAAAGCUUCAGCACCAACAGACAAACAUUUGAAUCCGCUAUCAAUUUUAACCAAAAUUGAAUCUCUACUUCCCGAAGAUACUUACAUCAUUGCCGAUGGCGGUGAUUUUGUUGGUACAGCUUCUUACAUUCUUAAACCUCGUGGUCCACUUAGAUGGCUUGAUCCCGGUGUUUUUGGAACCCUUGGUUGUGGGGGAGGAUUUGCCCUUGGCGUUAAGGCUGUUCGUCCAAAAUCAAAUGUUGUGGUCAUUUUCGGAGACGGAGCGCUUGGCUUUAGUUUCAUGGAGCAUGACACUAUGGUUCGUCAUAAACUUCCAGUCGUUUCUAUUGUCGGUAAUGACGCUGGUUGGACACAAAUAGAAAGGGAGCAAACAGUCAUUCUCGGCUCCGAUGUGGCCUGUAAAUUGGCCUACACCUCUUACGAAGAAGCUGCUAAAGCUUUAGGUGCUUCAGGCUUCAAAUUAGACCGAACCAAUGAAAGUGAAAUCGAUUCUAUUAUAACCAAAUCAUUAGAGAUCGCAAGAAACGGAACCCCAGUUCUAAUCAACAGUUUAAUUGGAAAGACCAAUUUUCGAGAUGGUUCAAUUUCCGUUUGAGAGAUUUCACUAUUUUUGACUUGCUAAUUAAACCGAUCACGACAACGACUUUAAAUUAAAUCUUUCGAUGGUCAAAUGUAAAUAUAAAUGGAUUCAAAGUGCAGAUAAAAUCUCUCGGAUUAACUAAAUCAUCAAUUGGUUAAAUCAAAAAACAAAAUGGUCACAAUAUUGGAUACGAUGGUAAUUUAAAGUAGCCCAACUUUACAAUUUCAUUUAAUCAAAAUGAAACAAAAAAUUAAUUUCCAACGAACUAUGAAAAUGCCAUAAAUGAUUAUCCAUCGUCGUCAAUUGUCAUCCAAACAAUCAAAUAAUUUUGUACAUCAUUAUGAUUAACUGAUUUACUCAUGAUUACUAUUAUUUUUGUAAAAAAAAAAUAGAUGAAACUCUUUCUAUCUCUUUUUCUUAAUUGUUAAUUAACAGGGAAAAUGUUUAAUUAACAAUUUAGUAAUUUUUUAAUUACCAAUAAAUUUGAUAAUAACAAAAGCUGAA